AUGGAUCGUUCGUGUUAUCCACCGUUGUCGAAAGAGAUUGCAGCAUGGGAACGCGAUUACGAACCAGGUCCACUAACGGAAAAUGAGUUUAAACAACUUUUCGAAGAUGGCUUUGUUAUCAAACAUGAUUUGUUAAAACGAGAUCAAUUGAAAUCAGUCAUUCACGGGAUAGAACGAGCUGUUGAUGAAUUAGCUCAAGAUUUGUACAGAGCAGGUAAAAUUGAAAAUUUAUAUGAAAAUGUCGGUUUUUACCAACGGCUAACUGCGAUCGAUGCUCAAUUUCCAAAUGCUUCUGUUCUUCUGCACAAACGUGGUGUUUUGCCUCCCGAAGUUGCAUCAUUAUGGGCGAGCGAUGCGCUACUUGAUGUUGCGAAACAAUUACUCGGUCCGGACAUUGCUGGACAUCCCGUUUGGAAUUUACGAACAAAAGUUCCAAAUCAAGAACAAGCCACGGUUCCUUGGCAUCAAGACACUGCGUAUUUGGAUAAAGAAUGUUGGAAUGUCCUUCAAGUGACUGCAUGGAUUCCACUGUUAGACGCGAAUAGAGAAAACGGUUUCCAUCAAAUGAAUUCAGUUUUACGUGGUGGUCAUCGUCCGGGUAAAACUUGUCAACAUAAUUGUUGUGCCGGUGGUACAUGGUACAUCGAAUUACCUGAGGAAGAAAUGAUGAAAACUUUACAAAUUCCAAUAAAUGAUCAAACAGUUGUCACAUGCGAAGUUCCGUUGGGUUCAGUUUUAUUUCUAAAUAAUUUAGUUCCACAUCGAUCGACGGAAAAUUUCAGUGAGAAAAUACGAUGGAGUUUGGAUUUACGCUGGCAAAAACCUGAUGAACCAAAUGGAUUCUAUGGUUUGAAAGAAAAUAUUUUAAUGGCGAAGAAAAACGAUGAAAACUUCAAACCGGAUUGGGAACAAUGGUCCAAAAUCAAUCGAACUAAAUUACAAGAAGCUGCUGUUCAUGAUUCGAUCAAAGAACAAAUAAAAGAACUUCAACAAGAUGAUCCAUUCGAUACAACCAUUUCAGGACCUUGGAUGCACAAUUGGCCCAUUGUACAUCAUAAUAAACAUACGGAAAAAUUAACAACAAAUUCAACUAGUUGGCAUAAAUCUUAA